CUGCUCCUCUCGCCCAGUGCAUUGUGGUCUGUGUGCUAAAGGAAGCUGUUGCAGCGGAAUCUGAAGAAUUUGAGGUGUCCGCCAAGUCUGCCGUUCAUCGUCGGUUUAGUCUGUUUGUACCUCUCUGCACUGUAAGGACUGUUAAGGUGUAACAAGGAGAAAACAUGUCUCAGGCCGACAAAAUGAAGCAGGGCCAGUUCACCAACCCUGAGACCCCAGGGUACGUUGGCUUCGCCAACCUGCCUAAUCAGGUUCAUCGCAAAUCAGUAAAAAAAGGAUUUGAGUUUACAUUGAUGGUGGUAGGUGAAUCUGGACUGGGAAAAUCCACCCUGAUCAACAGCCUUUUCCUCACUGACCUUUACCCUGAGAGAGUCAUCCCUGGAGCAGCAGAAAAGAUAGAGAGGACGGUUCAGAUCGAAGCAUCAACAGUAGAAAUUGAGGAGCGAGGAGUGAAGCUCCGUCUCACUGUGGUAGACACACCAGGAUAUGGAGAUGCCAUCAACAGCCAGGACUGUUUCAGCACUAUUAUCAGCUACAUUGAUGACCAGUUUGAGCGGUACCUCCAUGACGAGAGCGGUCUAAAUCGUAGACACAUUGUUGACAAUAGAGUUCACUGCUGCUUCUAUUUCAUCUCCCCGCUCGGCCACGGCCUGAAACCCCUGGAUGUCCAGUUCAUGAAGGCCAUUCACAACAAGGUUAACGUGGUUCCUGUCAUCGCCAAGGCGGACACUCUGACCCUCAGAGAGAGGGAGAGGCUCAAGCGCAGGAUUCUGGAUGAGAUUGAUGAACAUGGCAUUAAGAUUUACCACCUUCCUGAUGCUGAGUCAGAUGAGGAUGAGGACUUCAAAGAGCAAACUAGGAUCCUCAAGGCGAGCAUCCCGUUUGCAGUUGUAGGAUCCAACCAGCAGAUUGAGGCCAAAGGGAAGAAGGUGAGGGGCCGCCUGUACCCCUGGGGGGUGGUGGAGGUGGAGAACCCAGAACACAACGACUUCCUCAAGCUGCGGACCAUGCUGAUAACCCACAUGCAGGAUCUACAGGAAGUGACCCAGGACCUGCACUAUGAGAACUUCCGCUCGGACCGCCUCAAACGGGGUGGCAGAAAAGGACCGGAGCCGGAGGAAAUGGACAAGGAUAUGAUCCUGCAGGAGAAGGAGGCUGAGUUGAGACGAAUGCAGGAGAUGAUUGCCAAGAUGCAGGCUCAGAUGCAGAAGCAGGGAGAUGGAGAGGGAGACGGCCCCCACGCAUGAAAAGUCUGUGGAAUUAGAGCCACUGCUCAGCUUUGACCAGAGAGAAUUGGAUUAAUAGCAGAAAAGGUGUAAAAGCUGUCUGGUUAUUGACGCGUACUGAUUGCCACUAUCUUCACUCAGUCCCAUGUGGGAUCUGGAGUCUUUUUUUUUUUAAAUACAUACAGUAAAAUAUAUUCAAACAGUGUUAUGUUUAUAUUUACACACGGUUCUAUUUCUUUCUACGAUUUUUUUUUUUUUUUUUAAGUUUUGUUUCCUUUUAUUAAACUUUUGCCAGUUACUCAAAUGAAGUCACGUGACCCAUCUUUAAAAAUGGUGGUAUACAUUUUUAAUACAAACCCAUUGGGAUAUUUUGUUACUUCUCUUGUUACUUUUUUUUCCUUUUGAGAAAACCAAAGUAUUGGUGCUUCUGUUCAGUGCUUUUAGUCCCGAAACGUAACUUAAAGCACAUGCUAACAUUAGCUCUGUGAAAGAGCCUCAUUGGGAGAAUCCACUGUGGUGAAAACUAGUAGCAGAAAUAGCUUUUUACGCCAUUGUCUCAAUAUUUUUUGUCAAGUGAAAAUGUAACUUAAGAUAACACAAGCUUCACAUCAUAUAAGGUUCCAGUGUUCCUCAUGUUAUCCCACGCUAUUCCCAGUUCCUCCGUUUCCUGUCCAAAUUUUACCCAUUAGUGCAGUUCUCAGAUCAGUGUCACCAUGUACAACUGCAUUCAAGUGUUAUUAAGCUCCUUUUGAGUUUGAUAUGAAUUAAAUAAACUGUGACCCUUGACCUCUUACAGUCUUCCUGUAGAACUGACAAAUGAAGGAUGGACAAAUGAGGUGUUUUUAGCUGUUUUGGUGCAUCUUUCAAUUAGAUGUAUUUACGUCAUGUUUCCUUUCUACUGUAAAGUGAAGUCAUGUGCCAGGGAGCAUUGAUAUUUUGUGUUUCGCUGAGAUUUAAGAGGUUAAAACUUCUAUUGUGUCCCGACUGCUGAGUGCUUUGUGGUUUCCCGCAGAGGUUAAAGGUGACCCGAUGAGGUCAUUGUAGCCAACGUUUCCCUCACCAGCCAAGAUGUGAGUUCUUGACAUUCCUCUUUGUGCCGUUUUUAUCCAAUAUUAAAUUACCAAAUACUGUACUUGAUACAUAUAUUGUAAUAAAGGUUUUAUUAAACUUGA